AUGGCGACGAUUGAAGAUAUAAAGGAAACGGCGUUAAUCCCCUUCCAAAAGCACAGGCAACUUUCUAUGCAUGAAGCAGAAGUUAUAACUUUAGAGAUUAUAGGCCUAUUAUGUGAUUCAGAAUGUAAGGAUGAGAAAACAUUGAAGUAUUUGGGCCGAUUUCUUACACCAGAUAUGUAUCAAGACCUAGUAGAUGAGAGGAACCUAAACAAAAGAUGCGGAUAUCCCCUUUGUGGUAAAUCGCCAGAAAGGAUACGUGAUCCUUUUUCAAUGAAUGACACUACUAAAAAAUUUUUAUUAGAAAACAAUCCGUAUGCAUAUUUAUCACACUAUUGCAGUAAGUUCCAUUUUCGAUGCUCCCAAUUUUAUCAAGUGCAACUAUCUGAUGAAGCUUUAUUUGCAAGAACAGGGGUCCAUUUAUUUGAAGAUCCUGAACAGGAUAAGCACGAUAUAGAUUUCAAAGUAACCUUGUUUGAGGAGUUGCUAAGGGAAAAGGCAUCAGAGGAAGAUAUCAAAUCAUUGAUAUCCGGCCUUAAAAAAUUAGGAUUGGAUCCUGAUAGUGGAAAUACGGAUAAAAAAGAUACUGAGUUGGAAGAUGAUUUAUCGAAAUGGUUAGCACAAAUCAAAAUUGUUGAGAAUAAUAAUCCCAGCAUUUUAGGUGAUUUCACGAAGGAAGAUUGA